AUGGCGGGAGCAGAAACCUCAAAGCAGGAUCGAACUUUUGUGAACUCUUUGAGAACUGCGGUCAGCGCGGGUGACGUCAAAACUGUCCGACGUUUGGUGAAAGGUGGCGUCGACGUCAACACACGUUACUGGUUUUAUGGCACACUUCUGCACGAAGCUGUCUUCUCUGGAUCAGCCGAUAUCAUUAGCCUGCUGAUACAAGCCAAAGUCGACGUCAAUGCCACAAACAAGGAUGGCCGCACUGCCCUUCACCUGGCAGCCAGGUCUGGCAACGAGGAAAUUUGUGCUCUGCUGCUGAAAUCUGGAGCAAAUACAAAUCUGCUGAGCUCAGACGGCCGCUCCUGUCUGCACGUGGCUGCGUGGAAGUGCAACAUUGGGAUUUGCAGUCAGCUAAUUGAAGCAGGCUGUCAUAUCAACCAGAGGGAUGCGGAUGGCUGGACGCCCCUGUUCUGGGCGGUAAAGUCUGGCUCCAUGGUGCUGACUCGUCUUCUGGUGGAGAAUGGAGCCCGUCUUGAUGUUGAGGAUAAUAAAAGACUUGAUCCUCUCAUAACUGCUCUGAUCUCCAAAAACAAAUCCAUGGUGUCCUAUUUACUGAGAGAAGGAGCAGAUCAGCGCAGACCUUCACAGAAUUCCAUUGACAGAAAACGAAUGCUGGACUUCAUCCGCCAGUCAGACAUCAAGGACAAACACCUCAUUCGUCUGUUGUUACAAAGAGCAGGGCUCUCAAUUUUUACGAAAGGCGACGGUCGUCUGACAUUUGAUGAGGAAUUAAUCAAUUAUCGAGUUUCGACCUUACAAACUUUUUGUAGAUCUGUGAUACGAGGAAAGCUGUGUACAGUUCGUCGUGGGUGUAGUAUCACGUCAUCGAUCCUACAGCUGCCUCUGCCAGGACAUGUCAAGGACUUUGUGAGACUCAGUGAGCUACUGGAGGACAGAUGAAAGUGUUGUUCAUACUUAAUACUGUAUUACGUCAUUGAUCCUACAGUUCCCUCUG